AUGUCCUUUCUUUUUCUGGCCAACAGAACUUUCUCGAAUUGGCUGCUGCGUCAUAUUGAGACUCUUGUUCUUCUGCGUCUUUUAAUCAUGUCCAAGUUGCACAUUGGAAAUCUGAGCUACGGAAUCAACGAUGAGAUGCUCUAUGAGGUGUUUAUCCAGUAUGGACCACUCACCGAGUGGUUUGUCGUCAAACGGGACGGUCGCUCCUGUGGGUUUGGUUUUGUAACGUUCGAUGCUGAAGAGGAUGCUCGCUAUGCAAUCCGGAAGCUGGAUGGGCAAGAGCUCAACGGACGUUCUCUUCGUGUGAGCAUCGCAAAUUCACAAACUAGCGUGCGGGGCGCAAGGGGAGAAAAAAAAGUUCAAGCGAACGAGAAUCCUUUUGACACCCGCAGAGGACACUACGUUUAA